CAGACUCGCUCGCGCCCAGAGCCAGACGCAGACUUUCUAACGUCUGUUUUUUUUGGAAGAAAAGACUGUUUUUACGGGAUCAUUUCGACAUAUUUACCCGGAUGUAAACGCCCAAAGUGUAUUUAAGAGCUGGGCGAUUAAAAACACAAAGGGAAAUUUACUUUAUCUCGUUGAAGUUAAAGGGAAACAGCGACGAGAACAUUAAUAAACGAUGAGCGAUUUCAUCCAGUAUGCUUCAGUGAUCGUCAAAGAAGGAUUUGGUGUAAAAAAAAAUCCCAGAUUUUUGUUUUGUUCUAAUUCAUUUCAUCUGACAUGCAGUCAAAGGUGAACGCUCUCCCUUCUGCACGGACAUAAACAGCAGCUGACAGGUGAAAAACGAAAGAAGUCGCUAUCCUCGUGUGUUUUUAUCAUGUAGACAGAGACAGACAGCAAGAAAAAGUAAAGUGACAAGGCGCUAGACGAGGAGAUCCCUCUCACUCACACAGGUCACGAUGCCAGACGAGUCGCAAGGUUUUACGGACAAGAGGAGAACUGGAGAAGACGAAGCACCAAAAGUGGCUUUAGUGCCGGACGUUGUGGUAAAGUCUAUCGAUGGAGAGGGGAAAAACACCGGAGGUAACAUCAUGGAGCUGGACGACUUCAGUAAAACAAAAGACGGAUUAAGCAGUGACACUUUGAAAGGAAAUGAAGGGAAUGACGGCGCGUUAAAUAAAAGCAAAUCUCCUGUUUCCGUAGAGGUCGGUGUGGCUAAAAAAGUGCAGAGCCCUGAACCUCUGGAGUCUUUGAUGAAGGGAGCAACAACAACAGAUCAUGCUAACCUGGUUAACUCUUCCUCUGAUAGGCUACAAGCCGUAGAAAAAGGCACAAAAUCUAACUUUGGCGAAGAGAUAUCGGAGCUCGAUGGAUUCAAAAAGACAAAUCAAAUCUCUCCUGUCAAAAUCUCCGCACACAGUUUUAAAAACAGCAAAAAAAGUCCGGAUGAUGAUCGAGGCGUUCUUAAAACAGACUCUUCUUUGAGUGGCAGUUCACCAACAACGCCAUUCAAACUCCCACAAACACGGGACAGCAUCGACGUCAGGUGGGACGACGAGGACAUAGGAGAAGACAAGAAAAGCACCCGGUCGAGGCAGAGUGUGAAGGAGGGGGUGUGCUGCUGCUAUCAGGUGUUUCACAGGGCCUUCCUGCAGUGUGUGGAGGAAACUCCCGCCAUGCUGACCGGUCUGGUGCUGUCCUUGGCUUUCUGCGUCGCCCUCAUCGUCCUGAUCCCCACCACAGGAAGGAACAUCUUUCGUCACGUGGGUGCGCUGUCAGUGUUGUGUGUGGUUCUGUGUGUGAGCUUCUUCCUGCUCGUCUGUCUGCCCUGGCUGGCCACGGUGCGGCGCUGCGGGGGGGCGCUGGCGCUCUUCGUCUGGGGGACGCUGUACGUCACCGCCAUCGUCUUCAUCUUCACUGGAGGACCCGUCACUGCGUGGGAACAGGUGGCGUUCUUCCUCUUCCUCUCUCUGAGCGUGUACACGGUGCUUCCUCUCUCCAUGGCCUGGGCCCUCAUGGUUGGGAUCUGGACGAGCGUCUCGCACAUCGUCAUCAUCAGCGUCUACGUCCCCAUCACCAACCCAAAGACACCCGACCUGGCUGUGCAGCUGGUGGCGAAUGCGUUUCUGUUUAUGUGUGUGAACUGCGUGGGGAUUUUCCAUCUGUGGAUGACGGAGCGGGAUCUCAGGAAAUCCAAUCUGAAGAGAGAGGAGUUCAGCACCAUACGCUCCCAGAAGGAAAUCAGGAAAUAUCAGCAGGAGAAGCUGCUGCUGUCAGUGUUGCCACGGUACAUCGCCAUGGAGCUGAAGACGGAGGUGAUAAAGAAGCUGUUCAAACCCGAGACUGAGAAGAAGAAUGAAAACAACCCUCACAACUUCUACAGCCUCUACGUCCGCAAGCACAGAGACGUCAGCAUCCUGUAUGCAGACAUUGUGGGUUUCACCAAGCUGGCGAGUUCCUGCUCACCUGAGGAGCUGGUGGCUGUUCUCAACAAACUCUUUGGAAGAUUUGAUGACAUCGCGAAGAAUAAUGGGUGUCUCCGCAUUAAGAUCCUGGGUGACUGCUACUACUGUGUGUCUGGUCUGCCUGAUCCCAUCCCCACCCACGCUAAGAACUGCGUAAAGAUGGGGCUGGACAUGUGCUCUGGCAUCAGUCUCCUGCGAGAGGCGACCGGUGUAGACAUCAGCAUGCGGGUCGGUGUGCACACGGGCAACGUGCUCUGUGGUGUGAUCGGUCUGCAGAAGUGGCAGUAUGACGUGUGGUCACAUGACGUCACGUUAGCCAAUCACAUGGAGUCUGGAGGUCUUCCUGGGCGAGUCCACAUCACAGAGGAGACAAAUCAGCACUUGGACGGAGCGUAUGAAGUGGAGGAGGGAGACGGGGGGAGUCGGGAUCCUCUGCUUGAAGGGAGGAAAACCUACCUGGUGAUUGACCCCAAGGCAAAAAGCAUUUCCAGGAGACGACAUACACUGGGGAACCAUCUAGCAUCAGGAGAGACGAGGCAGCGGGCGUCCAUCCGGAUGUCUCAGUACAUGCAGUCCUGGAGGACCAUCCAUCCCUUCGCAGACCUCAGCAACCCUAAUGCCACGCACCCACAGCGGCCAAUCGUCACCCCUAAUAACCCUAUGAACCAACCACCAGAAAGACCACCUGGCCAGCCCAGCACCUUGCUUGUGGAUAACGGUAUGAGGGGCUCACUGGACACCAUGGACAAUGCAGGGAGGAGAUUGAAGAAGCUCAACUGUUUGACUCUGCUCUUCAACGACCUGAGCCUGGAGAGAAAGUUCAGAGUUUCAGAGGUUAAAGGUCUACACCACUCCAUCAGCUGCGCUGCUUUCGUCUUCGUCACCAUUUUCGCCGUCCAGAUUCUCGUCUCUAAGAAUAACUUUGAGAUGGCGGUAUCGUACGGUGUGACCUUCCCUGUGUUUGUGCUGCUUCUGUCCAUCGCUUUCACCGGGUACCUGGAGAAAUGGCGUUCGAAGAUGCCGCUGGGUGUUCAGUGGAUUUCUGGUUUGUCUAGCGGCGUCUCCAGCCGGGCGGCGCUGCGUCUGUUCGUGGUCGUUCUCUGUUUGCUCAUCACGCUGCUGAUGGCCUUCCUCAACUUAAUCUUCAUCCCAGGAAACAACUGCACCUCCAUCACCGACGGGAAGGAGCUGGAGGAUCUCCAACUCUACUCUGUGCCUUAUUACCUGUACUGCUGCUUGCUGGCCAUGCUGGGAGUGAUCGUGUUCGUGCGGACGUGCCUGUCUGUGAAGGCGCUGCUGCUCACGCUGGCGGUGGUGGUUUAUCUGGCGCUCUUCCUCCACGUCUACGCCCCGAGGUCACACUGCCUCAACAACAUGCUCUACAACAACGCCACCAAGCCGGGAAUCUUGAAGGACCCUCAGAUCAUGUCCGGGGUUUGGCUGGUCAUCUUUUACAUCGUGUGCCUCAUACUGGCCAGACAGGACGAGCUGAGUUGCCGGGUAGACUUCCUGUUGGACCACUGCUUCAAGACGGAAAGAGAGGAGAUGGAGACGAUGGAGAACGUCAACAAGCUGCUCCUUCAGAACGUGCUGCCGCUCCAUGUCGCCUCCUACUUCAUUGGCAAAAGUAUCCGCAACCAGGACCUGUACAGUCAGUCCUACGACUGUGUGUGUGUGAUGUUCGCCUCGGUGCCUCAGUUUAAAGAGUUCUACAGCGAGAGCAGCGCCAACAGGGACGGGUUGGAGUGUAUGCGCUUCCUCAACGAGAUCAUAUCGGACUUUGAUGAGCUUCUCUCUAAGCCCAAAUUCUGCUCAGUGGAGAAGAUUAAGACCAUAGGCAGUACGUACAUGGCCGCCGCGGGGCUGAGACACGCUCCACUCUGCAAUGAGGAAAAGAAAGUGGAGAUGUCCUACAGCCAUGUGCGCACCAUGGUGGAGUUUGCCAUCGCUCUGAUGAACAAACUAGAGUUCAUCAACACACACUCUUUCAACAGCUUCAAACUCAGGAUCGGAAUAAACCACGGUCCAGUGAUCGCAGGAGUGAUCGGAGCUCAUAAACCUCAGUAUGAUAUCUGGGGGAACUCUGUGAAUGUGGCCAGCCGGAUGGACAGCACCGGAGUUCUGGACACGAUACAGGUGACGGAAGAGACGGCCCAGAUGGUGGAGAGCGUGGGAUACAACGUCACUCUGAGAGGCGUCGUCAACGUGAAGGGCAAAGGGGAACUCACCACCUACUUCAUCAACAAGGGCCACUCGUUCCCUCAGUACUGAGCUCCAAGUGGAGAUGCUAAACAGACUAAUCACUCAGACCUGGAGUCCAAACUUUAGCAGCUAAUGUUUGAUUGAAUUAACUAUUACCUUUCUGUGACCAUCACAAACUUCGCACUGACUUUAAGAAGCUGCCUUGGUCUUCUGGAUGAGACACAAAAUAAAAUCUGGACCGAUUAAAUGAAGACCUGGAAACUGAAAGCAGAGUUUUCUCCUCAGGGAUUGUUUAAUGGCACAUCAUGUUGCUUACACUGUAUUAUUCUGAGAACAUAUCAUCUGAAAUGAUCGUUUUGGUACACUUCUGAAAUACAUGCACUAUCCAACAGUGUUCAUGUACCUGUCAUUUAUUGGGGACAAAAGAUAGAUGUUCCAAAGAUUACAGUUGUUUAAUGAAGGAUUUGAGAGGUAGUUUAUACCUCAAAUACGCAAAAUAAUAAUAUAUAUCAAUAUAAUUGUUUUAUUUUAACUUAUUUACAUGUUUUCACUCCAUUGUGGUUUUACUGAGUAACGAAACAGCAUUUAAAAAAUGUUACAGAAGUGUCUUUAAAUGUAGGAAAAAUGGGGUUAAACAAUGUGUGUACUUUGAAGAGUCAUGUGAUACUCAUUGGUGUUUCCACAGGUUCCCACCCUCCAGUAUGGUGGGUUACGAGAUUAUUCACAGUAAUCUAUGUUUUUAUGUGGAAUCCUGGAUAGGUUAACCAAUGAAAAUGACUCAUCUCACUCAAGCUCUCGCACCCCAUAAACAUUUACAAGUACACAUUGUUUACUAAAGGUGUCACGAUCCAUAUAAAGUAAGGAGCCACUGGUUAACGGUACGAUCGCUCACUGCUGGAGACGGGGAGCUGUGCUGCAACCAUGUUGAUUUAAAUAAGAAUCGUUUUUAUAUUCACUACUACCCACAACUGACUCAUUAAGCUACAACACUUCAGCAUCCUGGUAUACAGAUGGAUUGUGCCAUGAAAAGUCUGAUAAAGCACAUUUGAUAUUGCACUUUUACGUAUGUUGUCCUAUAUGUUGUAUUUUUGAAAGGUAGUUCUGCAUUACAAUCCAAGUGUUGAUUGAAUAUUUAUCCUUUUCUUUUGAGUAUGUAUUUCUGUGAGGGAUGAUGUGGAAGUGUGAAUGCAAGAAAAAAAGUGUAUGUUCAUUAUAGGGAAAUAUUUUUCUAUUUUAUUUAUAAACUAAUAAAGAAGAUACAGCUAUA